AUGGUGCCAAAGAAAAUUGAAUCUGCUAAAAGAAAUGGAGAGAUCAUCUUUGAUAUUGUUCAAAAGUGGUUAGCUGAAGUUGAUGAUGUUUCCGCAAAAGCUGAAAAGUUUUUGGAAGAUGAAGGCAAAGCCAAGAAGAGGUAUCUCAAAGGACAGUGCAUUAAUCUUGGACAAUGUUAUCGAUUCAGUAAGGAGGCAAAAAAGUAUACUCUGGCGAUUUCUGAUCAACUUCAGGAAUCUGAAAAACUUGUAAUUGUGUCUUGUCCCCCUCCUCCAUUUGGAAUUAUAUCUUCAUCUGAGGCAUUCAAUUCUGGCACAGUCAAAUCUAGAGAUUCACUUAAGAAGGCAGUUGUGAAGGCCUUAAUUGAUGAUAAAAAUAAACUUUUUAGCAAGAUUGCGGGCCCAAUUGUUGAAAAUUCUGAUAUUAACCAAUUUGCAAGAGAUGUAAUUGUUAGUUGUGGGCGAUUGCCACUUGCAAUUGUGACAAUAGCAAGAGCCUUAAAAGGUAAGAACAAGCAUGUGUGGAGAAACACCGGACAACAACUUAAAAUGUCUACCCCUUCAAGCAUCCCAGAAUUGGAGAGAUAUGUUUUUUCAUCUCUGGAGCUAAGCUUCAAUUACCUAGAAAAGGAGGCAAAAUCACUUUUCUUGUUUUGUAGCUUAUUUCCAGAGGAUUACAAAAUUCCUGUUGAAGAUUUGGUCAAAUAUUGGACAGGUUUGAGGUGGUUUGGAUAUACUUAUGAGGCAAUUGAGGUUGUUAGAAACGGAGUUCAUGCUAUUGUAAAUACCAUAACAUCUUCUUUUCUCUUGAUUGAAGAAAAUGAAAAGUAUGUAAAAAUGCAUGAUGUUAUCAGUGAUUUUGCAAUAGCUAUAGCUCCUAGAUACAACCAUAAAUUCAUGGUAAAUGCUAGAAUUGGUCUAAAAGAGUGGCCACAGAAGGAUACAUAUGAAGAUUUCACAUGUAUCUCAUUGAUGGCAAAUUAUAUUCGAGAGCUACUCAAUGGGUUAGAAUACCCAAAUUUGCAGGCUUUAUCGUUGCAAGAAAAUGAACUUUUGAUUCCUGCUUUAAAUUUAAAGGAGAUCUUUGAGAAGAAAGAAGUCGAGGAUGAAGAGUUAGAUCACACCAUAACCUCCCCAUACUUGGAAAACCUGACUGACAUAGAAAUAAGUUAUUGUUAUGAUUUAGAAAACCUCUUCACUCCCUCAAUUGCCAAACUCUUGGUGAAGCUGAAAAGCCUAAGACUAUGGGAAUGCUCAAGAAUACAAGAAAUAAUCACAAAUGAGAUAGGAGAAAGAGAGAAGUCAUCAAAGAGCAUUGUGUUUCCUAGUUUGGAGAACUUGAUUCUGCAUGAUCUAGAAAAUCUCUCUUGCUUUAGCUCUGGGCCAUAUACUAGUGAAUUCCCAAAAUUGGAAAUCUUAGAGAUAGGUAAUUGUGAAAAAAUGAAGACCUUUGGUUCUGGAAAGCAAGUGACACCCAAACUUAAAGAAGUGCUUCUUAGCAAAGAGGCUCUAGGAAGAGGUACUGGACAUUGGAAUGGCAAUCUCAAUACCACAUUGCAAGAGUUCUUCAAUGAACAGGCAAACAAGGCUUGA